AUGUCAAGGUCACUGUCUCUCUUAAUUUCCUACGGUCUGCUAGGCCUUUUUGGCUUCGUCCAAAGCCAGACCUUUGAUCCCAAUAAAGCCACUCCUGAGACUUGGGAUCCGGCCAAGGUCGGUACGGACAAGACGACCAAUGCGACCUAUAGGAAUCCAGUCAUGACCGCGAACAUUGGAGACCCGUGGAUGACAAGCUAUACUGAAAAUGGUGAAAACUGGUAUCUCUUCACCUACACCACCAACGACAACAUCACCCUCAAGCGUUCUAGGGCUCUCACCGACAACUGGGACAACGCAGAGAGCCGUGUCAUCUUCAACCCGGACCCCAAAAGCGGCGAGCCGUGGUCUACCGAUAUCUGGGCGCCUGAAAUUCAUAACAUCUCGAACAGAUGGUAUGUCAUGUUUACGGCAACUCCAGACGGGGAUAAUCCACCACCUAUGCAGGAUGCCUUGUGUCCCUAUAAUUGUCCAGCUGUAAACCACCGCAUGUUUGUUCUGGAGAGCAGCGGAUCGGAUCCAUGGACUUCCAACUUCACCCUGAAACCUGAAGUCAAUACAUACGACCAAUUUGCAAUUGACGGGACGUACUGGCACCACAGCAACCAAACCUAUCACAUAUACUCUUGUUGGGAAAAUGCAUACUCGGCUUGGCCUGCCAAUCUCUGCAUCACCCACAUGUCGAAUCCUUGGACCGUUGACUCGAGCCUGGCAGACAGACGCAUCAUCUCCGUACCCGAUCAGCCCUGGGAGAAGACCCCCUACGGGAGCACCAACAUCCGCCUCGCCACCAACGAGGGGCCUCAGCAGCUCACCAAUCCCAAGACCGGCCAGCAGUUCCUCAUGUACUCCGCCGCACGCGUCAACACGCCCUUUUACUGCCUGGGAAUGCUCGAGCUUGUGGGAAACGACCCGAUGAUGCACACAUCCUGGAAGAAGCACACGGACGGUUGCGUUUUUCAUCUAAACAGCGCCGAGAACAUCUACGGAACCGGCCACGCCAGCUUUGUGACGUCGCCCGACGGCAGCGAGAACUAUGUCGUCUAUCACGCCCAGACGACGCCCAAGCCCAAGGCCGACUUGUACCGCACGGCACGUAUCCAAAAGUUUACCUGGGAUGAAAAGACGGGAGCGCCCGUGUUUCCUGUCGCAUCCAAUGGUCCAUUUCCUGUGCCGUCUGGCCAAAAUGGGCAGAAGAAUGCCGCAGUGAGGUCAGUUCGGGGGCUGGAUGAAAUGAGAGACAUGCGCUUGAUCAAUGCGGAAAGCCUAGAGCUGAAGGAGUUUGUAGGUGCAGCGCCACCGUUCGCCAUAUUGUCGCACACAUGGAGCCGGAGUGAGGUCACAUUUCAGGAAUGGCUCGGCUGGCAGCGUGCUAAAAGUCUCGACCGCAACGGUGAUUUUGCAAUUCAUACCAAACAAAGCUUCAAGACUUUGGAUCAGGAACAUCCUCAGGGUUCUGGGUUCUGGAAAAUACUCCACGCUUGCCGUCAGGCGCGCCUAGAUGGCCUGAUGUACCUGUGGUGCGACACCAACUGCAUCGACAAGUCCAGCAGCGCCGAGUUGUCCGAAGCGAUCAACUCCAUGUACUCGUGGUACAAACGCUCAAGAGUAUGCUACGCCUACCUGGAGGACGUCCCUCCUCCAGCCGCAGAUGUGCCGAGCGAGAGUGCCCACAUCUGGGAUGCCGACUCGACAUUUCGAUGCAGUCGAUGGUUUACCCGCGGCUGGACGGUCCAGGAGCUCGUGGGACCGCUGUACGAGAUGAAGUUUUACGCCAACGACUGGACCUGCUUAGGGACCAAGACGACGCUGGCGCCGCUGCUGCAGGAGAUCACGGGGGUCCCUGAAAAGUACCUGCUGCGAGAGGAGGGCAUCUCGGGUGCUGGGCUGGCACAGAGAAUGUCGUGGUUCGCCAACCGGGUCACCUCGCGCGAGGAAGACAUUGCGUAUUGCAUGCUGGGGAUCUUCGACGUCAAUAUGCCCCUGCUCUACGGCGAGGGAUCAAACGCCUUUGUGCGGCUACAAGAAGAGAUUAUAAAAAAGUCGGACGACCAUAGCUUGUUUGCUUGGAAGUGGGUUGUCGAGCUUACAGAUCGAGCAAUGAAGAGCAGUGCCACGUUGAGCCCCAGCUCUGGCAGGACACCAGCAACGCCUCGUGCAGAAAUACCCUCACUCGCAUCCUCCAUGGUUCUAGCCGCACAAAAGGAACCAGAAAACUCCACUUUAUCUCGCAGAUUUCCCCAUUUGCGUCUUGAGCAUCUGCGGCGGGAGAAACUGUGGCGCAACCCCUUGCGGCCUAUGCUCCUCGCUCCGGAUCCGAUCUGUUUCUACGCAUCUAGGAGGAUACCUGUAUUCUCGCCCACAACAGAGGUUGCGCCCUUUGCCAUCAACAAUGCCGGACUCUCAAUCACAUUACCUUUGUUGGAUCAAGGAGAUGACAAUCUUGUGUUUGCCGUUCUGCACGCCGACGAGAAUAUGAAACUCGGCUGGCAACGUGGAUGGCAACAACUCAAGUGCAUACCGCUAGUCAGGCACAGCGAAAAGACCUACCGGUACACAAGGACCUGGUUCCCCGGGCGUGCCAUCACAAUUACUCGCCGUCGUACCAAUACACCCGAUGGCGGCAAAAAUGUACAGGAAAACCGGUUUACUGAGCCCGAGGUCAAGACUAUCCAGGUUUGUCGUGACUACCAGCAGGUCCCAUUUUACUAUCGCUCUCUUGGCUGCACUAAACUGCCUCGGGGCUUUUGGUCGUUCUUCCCUAGGGGGUACAGAGGCUGGCAGAUGGUGAGUGGAUUUGUCAGUCAAGGGGGAGUGUUCAACGACUAUGGGAUUUUUUUUGGCGACGGUAGCGAAGUCAACCAAGUCGAUUCAGGCAUCGAGACAGUAGCAUUGGGAAAUACCGCCGUGCUAAAGCCGUGGAAGAGCAGCGUGGCCGGUGGUAUCCUAGUGUUUGCGUGUGCAUCCAAGCCCAGUCGACGAGUGGCGGUGUUCCUCGCCGUCGAACGCCUGCUCCCCACGGGCCAGCAGACCAUCGCUCCGAGGCCCCUCUGCGCGGUCGUAAGGUCUGAAAAAGGCGGCCUGGACCUCAGGGGAGCGCCAAGCCAGGCCGUGUUUGACAAGUUGUGGAACGUCACGACCGAAUCACGGGAGCGCAAGAAGCUGCCGUGGGACGUUGCCGAGUGCAAAGACGCCCGAGUGAUGGUCCACAACGAGGCGCCAAUGAGUCUUGCGGAUGAUUCUAGAAUAUUUUUGACCGAGAUUCUCUUCAUUUAG